GCGCCUGGAGGGCCGCUACGUCACAUCCGGCGUUUCACUCCGGAAGUACAGUUAAUUUUUAUUCACAGGAAAAAAAACAGCUGUUGUUGAGAAAGAAAACAUCAAAAUUGACAGUAUGCCAGCCCCAAAGACAGGGUCAUCUCCUCAUGAUUCUCAGCCCCAAUUGGAUGAGGUUGGGGAGGAUCUGCCAUCCAAAACUGCACCAGCUACCAAUAAAAGGUCCUUGAAAACAGGAAAUAAACUUGAAAAGUCAGCAACUCCACGAACAAAGAAAAAACUGUCACCCAAACAGAGUUCUCCCUCAAAGGACUGCAGCAUUUCAGACCCACCUGUCAAAAAAGCCAAGCUCCUGAACGCCACAAGUGCCUCCUGCGGAGAAGCCUCCUCACCGAAAGUUAACUCCAAAGCUUCCCUGAAGCGAACAGCCUCCACAGAAUCUGAGGAUGAGUUGAGUAGUGAUGGAAGUAAGACUGACCUAUUUAGAGAGAGGGAUGAUGGCGACAAGGCCCGCUGCAUCAGAAAAUAUUCAAAUCGAGUCAAAGCUAAACGUAAAGCUGAAGAGUUGUCUUCUGAUCCACAGGAGAUAAGGCAAGAAUCACCAUCUGAACCUACAGUCACUAUUCAGAUGGACCACAAUUAUGGUAGAUGUUCAGAUUCAACAAGUAUUCAAAGCUUGGAUGAUGCCGAUCGGGAUGAGAAAAAGGAAUCUACAGAGUCUAUCACUGAAGGAGAGAGACAAGAAAUUUCACUUCAUGCCACAAAUGAAGAGUCAAAGGAAACUUUAGUCUCUAUAACAGGGAGUGGGAAAGGUAGUGUUGAAUUUAAAUGUGCAGCAGAUGAAAGUGAACAGGAAGAAUUAAAACAUGCUGAAAGUGAAAAGCUCAUGGGUGAAAAAACACCAUUAUCAUGUAGUGAAAUAUUAGACUCUGUCACUACAGCAGAUACAGGUGGUAUCACAUCUGAAGCAGGGGAAAGUGAAACGAAGGACUUUACAGAGUCCACCAAAAAUGAUGAAGAUAAUGAAACAUUAACUUCAUUAGUGAAAACACUAUAUUCUAAAACAGAUGAGGCAAAUCUAUGCUCUGAAGGUGAAGCACAAGCAGGUGAAAGGACAGAUUCAGCUUGUAAAAGUCACAUAUAUGUGAGCAGUGAAGCUGAAACUAAGGAGACCAGAGAGUCUGUUUCUGAGGAGAUAAAGCUGGAUGCAAAACAUGAAAGGAUGGAAGGAGAACAUAAAGGGCAGGUGGUGAUUGAAGGAGACAGUAUCUCUGCAAGCCAUAGUGAUGUAGAUAUAGAAGAUAAAGCAUUGUCAAACAAAACUUACUCUGCACCAGGAGAGAUCCUGGUAGGAGGUUGUAAUCCAGAGUGCCAGGCAGAGGAAAAUCGAGCAACAACAGAUUCUGCUGGCAAUCCAGAGACUCAAACAGACUUAAGUUUCAAAAUUCAAGUCACUUUCAAAGAGGAAUCAAAAUCUGCACCCCUGCAGGAUCAUGUAAGCCAUGAUGUGACAGAUACAAUUACUAAAUCAUGUGACAGUAUGAGCAAAAUAGUCAGAAAGCCUGAAGAAAAGCUUGAAGAAUGUGAAAGGAAAGAAUUCCUGUCAAAUCAGACUGUUGCUGAUGUUGGGUCUUUUGCUGAGCUACAGUUGAGCCAAGAGGUCAUGAGUAAGAUGACUGACAACUGUGCCGAAAUAAUAAUACCAGAUUGUGAUGCCGUUCAUGAGCAAGACUGUGUGACGGUCUCAGAGGGUCAGAUAGAUGUCAACAUGCUGACUAAAACAGCAGAGCAGAAGUUGGACUCAGCACAUAAAGAGGAGAUACAAAACCACGAGACCCACAAAGUUGGUGACCACACAACAGAGGUCCCCGUUGAAGUCAAAGUAAACAUGAACUUGGAAUGUGCCACUGCGUCAAGUGGUCAUAUCAAAAUGGAUAUUCAGGCUUUGGCAUCAUCUGACCAGGAGAUUUCUAAUCAAGACGCUCCAGUGGAAAUACAAAUCCAGAAGAGCCAGGAGUUCAGUGAAGGUGUUACAAGCAUAUCUACAGAAAUGAAUGAGGACCAUGUGAUAAAUUCUAACAUAAUGGAAAAUGAAGACAAGGUCAACUUUGAGCACAUCAGUGGAUCCAAGAGUCAAAUUAAAAAGGAAAUGCAGACUUUGCUGACAUCAGAGAUUUCUAACCCACCACCUACAGAGGAAGUUCAAAGCACGAACAGACAGGAAACCAGUGAACCUAUCGCCAAAAUAUCGGCUGAGGAUCAUCAGCAUAUCACGAUUGAAAAUUCUGAACUAAUGGAAAAUGAAGACAAGGUGAACUUUGAAUGUUCGAGUGGAUCUGAGAGGCAAACUACGUUGACAUCAGACAUUUCUCAUCGUGCAUUUCCAGUUGAAGUACAAAGCCAUGAGGUCCCACAAUCCAGUGAAUGCAUCACAGACAUAUCUAAUAAAAUACAGAAGCAUCCAGCAGCUAAUUGUCAAAGCACCAAAGAUGAAGACAGGGUUGAGGUGGACAUGCAGACUACAAGAACAUCAGAGGAAAUUUCUAACAUAGCACCGACAGAAGAAACACAAGUCCAGAAGAGCCAAGAAGUGAAUGAACCUGCAACAGUUAUAUCCGAAACACUUCAAGAAGACCUAAUGAUUCAAACUUUUGCGAAUAAUGCAAAUGAAAACAAGGUUAUCACAGAAUGCAUCGAUGCAACUCAGAAUAACAGAGAAAUUGAUUUGCGGAUGACAGCAACAGAAGACAUGUCUGAUCCAGCAACUAGAGUUGAAACACCAAACCAGAGCAGUCAAGAGGCCACUGAACUCCCUACAGACAUUGAAGCACAAAAAGAUUUUAUUAUUGCCAAUACUGACGACAAGGAAAACAAGGCUGAGGUCAUUGCAUGUGUGGAUGAUACUGAGAAUCAAACAGAAAUGGAUGCACAAGCAACAGCAGCACCAGAGGAGAUUUCUAAUCCAUCGGCAAUAGUCGAAGUACAGAGCCAGGGGAGUCUGGAGGUCAGUGAACUCAACACAGAAGUUCAAAAAGAUCUAGAGAAUGAAUGUUGUGAGAGUAAGCAAGACGAAGACAAGCACACUGCUGAAUGUGUUGAUGUUCCAGAGGCUCAAAUAAAUAUGGAAACUACAACAGCACCAGAGGAUAAUUGUAAUGCAGUACCUCCAACAGAACAGCAGAACGAGGGAAUAAGGGAAGUCGAUGAAACCACUGUGGUCUUAUCAAAUGAAGAUCACAAACCUCUUUCUGUGGCUAAUUCUGAAAGUAAGGAUAAUGAAAACGUGCAGACAGAAGCUAGCACUGAGCAUGUUCAAGUAGAUAUGUGUGUAAUAAGUGGAUCAUUGGAAAGGAUAGAUUCUGUGUUGCAGGAUGAAACUGGGAGGCAAGUGAUUAAUGAGAUCAAGGAAGAGGCUGCAAUCAUUUCCUCUGAUAAGGCUGACAAAAUGGUCAGUAACAUUGAGGAACACGGAGAAGGAGCUGGAUGCAGUGAAGACAGAGUUUUUGUUUGUGGCCAUACAGAUGAUGCUGAUGUUGUAAUUGAGGGAUCAGAAGAACAGAUUAAGACGGCUAAUCAGUCAAUGGUUGAGAUUCAUGAAAACCAGGUAGUGUAUGAGCCCAUUAGUAGUCCGGAGAGCAAUGAUGAUCGUGAAAUUUUUACAGAAUCAGAGAACCGUGAUGGUGUGUCUUUUCUGGACAUGCAGAUUACAGAGAGCCAGCAGAUGGGAGGACAUUCAUCUACUAAUGAAAAAAACAGAGAAAUUUGUACCCAACAGCUGGAAAAUGAGGCAGAUUUUAAGCAACAAAUGCAUGUCUCAGACAGUCAAGAAGUUGAGAUGGAAGCACAAACCACAAAUGUGCCAGAGACUUGUAUCUCUGCACAGUUGGAGCAGAGUGACACGGGUGAGGAUGUGAGACAAGUUGCAGUGAUCAGCUCUAGCGAUGACAUCAUAGUGCCAGAUGGUCAGUCAGAAGAUGCAACGGAAAAAAGCGAAAGUAUCGGGCAUCCAGACGGCAUCAGUGCCACAGAGUUUUCUGAACAGGUGCGGGAAGACACUGGACUUCAAGAGGUCGCAGAUGUCACUCUGACAACAACUACAGCCACCGCUACAGUUGAAAUACCAGAUAGUACAUCAGAAGAGUUUGUGAUAUUGGAACCGGUCCCACAGAGUGAAAUUCACUUUGAUAUCGUCACUCAAGCAGCAGCCGAAUCAGGGUUGUCAAUUUCACUUCCAGAGCAGGUGAAUCCAGACAGUGCAUUGGUAGGUGAUGUGAAAAAUGAAAAUGUUUCUCAAGAAACCGUCCUCCCUGAGUGUCAAAGAGCUGAUGAGGUCAGAGAUGGAACAGUGACCAAGUCAGGUGAGGGAGAUCAGGAGACCCAGCUUGGGACAGAAAUUUCAACUGAGGGAUGUGUUGAAGUUAUUCAAAAUUCAGACUGUUGCCAGCAGUCAUCAGCUGACAUGAUGGACGUUGAUAGCUCAGAGACUGAUAUGACAAACUCUCAUGUUCAAGUCACAAAAGAAGACUGUGGUGCACAGGGUAAUGUGGACCUACAAGAAGUGCAGAUUCUGGAGGAUAUAGAGAUUGGUCGCGAGAUUGUAGUAGCAGAGGAAGAGAAUGAGGAAGAUAGUGACAUUACAAUAAUAGAGAAACCCCAAGAAACUUCUGAGACAGUCCUUCCUAAAACAUUGGAGGAAAAGGUCGAUGAGGAAAAUAAAGAUAAUACGUGUGGAACAAGCUUGACCCAAAUCAGCACAGGAGACAAGACUGGAGAUGCUAAAAAGACUCAGGAAGCAGAAAAACCCAAGAAACAAGAAAUGAACACACAGGCCAGAACCAAGGCCCGUCUGGCAGCUCUGGCUGAGCAAAAGGCUGCAGCGUCUAAGAGAUCAGCAAACAGACAGCAACUGAAUCUCUUAGCCCUGUGUCAGGAGAUCGCAGAGGACAUUGCUACAGACAGCAUGCUGUUGAAGAGGAUCGAGGAAGAAAAACAAGCGGCUGCGGCAGCGGCCGCAGCAGCAGCAGCAGCAGCUGCGACAGCAGCUACAGCAGUAACAAUAGAAGUGGCAUCCAAUAGUGAAGCCAGCAAGAAGGAAAGUCCACCUGGUAACACACAGGAUUCAGACACUGUUAAUGCUGUAGUUCCUGCAGGACUAGAAGGAAACUCUGCUCCAGUGAGCCCUGCUGAGGUGGCAUCUGCAGCAGAGCCCUCGCCCACUGAUUCUCCUCAGGCUAAACCUGCUGGAGAGCCUCCAAAGAGGCGUUUCUUCAUCACACAAGUUUCAGUUCCCCUGAAAGCCCACGAGAAAAAGAAGCUAACUAGAUAUCAAAGGCUAAGACAGGUUGAACUUCAAAGAGAGAAAAUGUCUUGGGCACGUGUAAAGAAACUUAAAUCUGACCAAGCAAAUCAGAUGUUUUCAGAUAUAGAUUGGCAAGCACCUCUGUCUGCAUUCUCUCAGUUUUCAGUGGGUCCUGUGACCACAGCUCCUCCACCUGCUGUCAGUCCAUCUAAAACGCCUCCUCUCCCAAGUCCUGCCUCAACUAGCAAACCUGCUACACCGAAAGAAGAAGUUCCCAAGGCUGACAGCUCUAAGGCUGAACCCAGUAAAGCCGAACCCACUAACAUGGAAACCUCUGAAACUGAACCUGUUAAGCCUGAACCUGCCAAAGCUGAUGCCCCUAAGACCACACCUCCUAAUACUGAAACACGUAAAUCUACAAGGCAAAUUAAGGCUCAGUCUCUUCAGGCAACCCCUUCUCCAGGACCUGCCCCAAAAGUGACCCGAUCAGCAGCUAAGAGGACUCUUCCAGCAGUACCUCCUCCCAUGCCUAAUGGACUUAAUGCUCAAAAACCAAAGCCUGUUGAGUACAUACCAUACAGACCCAGGCCAAAAUAUUCCUUUGCGGACUUUGAACUAGAUGAUGAUCCCGUACCAAUAGCUCCAACAAAGCCCAGCCCUCAGUCGAGGCCCACGCAGCCGACACAUAUUCAGUCUAACCCCACAGUUCAGUCAAAACCCGCAGUUUCAUCACAACUUUCCAAACAGACGAGACCCAAAUCUCAGACCACACCUGCUGGACAGAUCUCAAGUCAGUCAAAGUCUGCGGUUGCAACAGCACCCCAGUCAACGAUCACAGCUGCUGCUGCAGCCUCUUCAAAAGCUGUUCCUUCAGCUAAACCUCAGUUAAAGUCCUGUGUUUUGACAUCACCUCAGCAAAAAGCUGUUUCAGCUGCAGGUCAGUCCAAACCUUCUGCUUCAGCUUCACCUCAGUUAAACCCCAGUGGAAGCACAGCCCAGCUUAAGCAGUUUGUUUCAGCAGCAUCUCAGCCUGCUGGUUCAACCAGAUCUGCUGCCACUGUUGGUUCAGUGCCUCAGAAAAACCCCAAUCCACCAUCCUCGCAAGAUAGCAAAUGCAAGGAUGCAGUUGAUCCACUUUCAUCAGCUCCCACCUCUUCCCUUUCCUCUGAAGAGGCCUCAAAAGUGUCUGACUGCACUCAGCGAUGUGAGGAAAAGCCUGCAGCCACAGAUGUUUAUCCGUCUCCAGGGAAUAAGACAGAAACAAUCAAGAUAGCUGAGCAGACGUUGGAAAAACCUUGUCAGGACAGAGCAGUGAAGGCACAACAUGGUGGCACCCCUCUCUCUGAUGCUUGUCUUCAGAAAGAAGUCAAGAAAAUAAAGGAGGCUGACAAAGAUGGCACCCAAACUAUUAUUGAUGCAGGACAGAAGCAUUUCGGAGCAGUGGCCUGCAGUGUGUGUGGGAUGCUCUAUUCAGCUGCCAACCCUGAAGAUGAGUCUCAACAUUUACUCUUCCACAACCAGUUUAUCAGCGCUGUCAAAUAUGUGGGAUGGAAAAAAGAGAGGAUUCUCGGGGAGUAUCCCGAUGGCAAGAUAAUUCUCGUCCUGCCAGAUGAUCCCAAAUACGCUCUGAAGAAGGUGGAGGAGAUCAGGGAGGUGGUGGACAGUGACCUUGGCUUCCAGCAGGUGGAGACCAAGUGUCCCUCUAAGACCAAGACCUUCCUCUUCAUCUCCAACGACAAGAAAGUGGGCGGAUGUCUUAUAGCAGAGCACAUACAAGAGGGGUACAGAGUGAUUGAGGAGCCCAUACCGGAGGGUUCAGAGGGAGAGAAGUUGAUGUUUGAGCGUCAGAGAGCUUGGUGCUGCUCCACAACUCCAGAGCCAGCCAUCUGCGGCAUCAGCCGUAUCUGGGUCGUCAGCAUGAUGAGACGCCGGGGCAUCGCCUCACGCAUGCUCGAGUGCCUCAGGAACAACUUCAUAUAUGGUUCUUACCUGAGCAAAGACGAGAUCGCUUUCUCCGACCCCACUCCGGAUGGAAAACUCUUUGCCACACAUUAUUUUGGCACUUCUCAGUUUUUGGUUUAUAACUUUGUGAGUGGAACACGCUCGUCCCAGCCCAAAACCAAUGCAGUAUGACAGUCUUCAGGAAAGGUAACUGAGACGCUGACUAACAGAACCCGCCGUCACUUAACAGUGUCUGAUGCAGGAUCUGUAUUUACGGUUUUUAAAAAUUACUCCUUGGAGAGGUUAUACAUUGGUUUAAAUCUCAGGAUGAAAACAACAAGGUGUUGUUGAAAAAUGUUAUCAAGUCACCCUUUAAUCCCUCCCUGAAUAGUAUUUUGAAGAAAAAAAAAAAAACAAGAGUAUUUUUCUUUAUGCAUUUUUAAGUAAACACUUGGUUUUAUUAGAAAUAUAGCGUUUACAUGCAUGACUUGACAGCAAUAGAAAACAAAGAGCAUUUCGUUGUUUUUCUUUUAAUCCCUGAGAAGCAUAAUAUCGACUGACUGUGUAAUACAACAGUUAUUUUACAGUUUUGUCCUCAUUCUGUUUUUAGGUUUUUUACUAACAUGAUGUAAAAACUGUGUGUACAUGUGUACAUUGGGAUUUUUUUUUUCAUGUUCAUCUCUUUACAGUUAACAGUGAUGCUGCCGUCAUGUUUAAGCAACAUCGAUAACGCUCAAAGGUUUCUACUGUUUUUUUAAAGUUGAUGAUCAGUGCCCUUGAUUUCACUGUCAUGUGUUACUGUAACAUUUCAAACUAAUCAUCGAAAUCGAUCAGAUCAGAGUGACUCGUUUCAGCAAUCUUAUUGAAGAGAUAUGGGUUAGAACUGUGGCGUGGGCAUUACUUGUGUGCUCUGAUUGUCUUAGAUCACCUUGCCUGAAAUAUUUGGUUUUCCAAGCUGAGCCAUAUACUGAACACCAUUUAGCAGGGCAUUGUAGCCUAUACUGUGUGAGUGAUGUCUUUUAAUUUCACCUAGGCUUGUCUGUUGCUUUGUUUGUGCCUGAAGGAAUAAUGUGUGACUUAAGAUGUUGAUUUAUUAUUUUCUUUCUUUUUUCCUAGCCAUACAUUAUGGCUUUUUAUUGAGUUAGUGUAGAGUACCAUUCUCCUUUCUCCUUAGUAACAACCAAUUAAAAUGUAUAUCAAAUUAUCAUGUAGAUUUAUGCAUACUAUAUAACAAAAUGUAUAAUGAAAGACGAGCAAGGGCUUAAGGCUCAGGUGUUAAAAGGUAUUUGAGCGAUGGUAAACUCCCUCCAGGUUCAGCCUUUAUGAUUGCAAAUAGGAAUAUUUGCUCAGUGAUUAGCAUGAGGGGUAGCCUCUCCCAACACAGAUUUGUAGUAUCAUUGUAAUCCAUCCCUUGUUUUCUUCUUCUUCCUAAUUGUUAAACAGUUUGCUUGUGUAAGGAAAAAAAGACCUUGAUUUAUACGAAGCUGUUAUGUAAAUAUUUAUUUAAAUAAUAAACAGUUAAAAACA